AGAGGAUAACGAAGCAAGAGGACUGUCUAGAAGAAAGGAGAAAGAAGAUGCAAUAAUACUAAUUGACCAUAAAUUGGGAAAUUGAAUCUAUUCACACGCAAUAGAAGAGAGAUACUAGAGUGGGAGAGGAACACUCACAGAGGAAAGACUGAAACGGGAGGACGUGGUCAUGGUGGGAGACAGGAUGAAGUAGUGGUAAACGGCCCUGCGUGAUACACAGCUGAUCAGUUUCAGUCGUUCCGCGACGGGCAAGUCAUUGUGAUACGGUGUUUAUACGUGGCUACAAAAUCGAAGCGUUUCUACAUAGAAUGACAGCGAUUCGUGUGUAAGAAUAUCCUGUAUACAUGCCAUUGUCUACGUGCUCUAUGCAAUUUGAAGGAGUAACGAAAGCAAAAGGUACGAGCGGUGUAACCCCAGUGAAAUUACACGGAAUAUCAUAUUGCGGGUUACUGUUGGUGGCGUCGGAUCAAUCGGACAGCAGAUACUCCCCGUUUCGACAAUUUCGAAGGAAAUCAUUUGUCCGAUCCUCGGGGUCUAUGACCCAUUCACCUUAUCAGAGAAAUACAAAAAGCUACGGUCUAACCGUGACUACCAACAUCAGAUUGAAAUUAAUGAAGUCCGAAGCGAUCGAAGAAGAGGACGCAACUGCUGAUCCUGCAGUUUGUGAACAUUGAUAGUAGUGCACUCGUAGGUCACAAUUAUAUCUAUUCGGUAUCUGUUGUAAUUCGGUGUAUUAUCAGCCUUGUUUCUUCUUAUACUCUUCCGUCGUCCGUUUCUUUUUGUUUCUUCUAUUAAUUCCCGUGUUACUUUUAAAGGGCUUAGUUCACGCGUUCGUGCGCCGACGGACGGCGUUAGAUUUUCUUUCUUCGCAGCGAAGUAGUAAAUUAGCCUUGCUUUUCCUUUGUAUAAUUACAUUCAGAUAUAUAUUGUAUAUGUGUAUAUGCGCGCGUGCGCUAGUGUGAACGGAAAAGAAAAGGUCGAUGACAAUGCAACGAGUACAAGAUCAAGACAAUGGAAUCAACAUCAAAUUCGGUGCCAGUAAAAACAAGAAAGGAAGCUACAGACUCGUAUCGCAGCACUCUGAAAACGAGAAAAACAACUUCAACGGGACCAAUAAAGAAGUUAAAAAUGUAACAGCCAAAGAAGACUUAGUACCACCAGAUGGAGGAUGGGGAUGGCUUGUACUUUUAGCAUCCGUUAUGGUCAAUCUACUUAUUCCAGGAACAGUAAAAUCUUUUGGUGUUUUGUUUGUUGAGUUUCUUGAAGUUUUUGAUGCAUCACCUGCUGCAGCUGCUUGGAUACCAGCUUUAUGCUAUUUUCUAUACAGCUCACUUGGUAAGCUUCAUUGCUAUUAUUUUCAAAUAAAACUAUUAUUUAUAGUUAAGCGCUUGGAAUUGAAAAUAAGAAAAUUAAUUUUUAUUGUAGGACCACUUUCCAGUAUACUAUCAGUUAAAUAUUCCUAUAGAACAGUUACUUUAUUAGGAGGAACAUUUGCUGCUGCAGGAAUGAUGCUAAGUUAUUUUGCAAACUCUGUGGCCUUCUUGUGUGUUAGUUAUGGUGUCCUAGUUGGAACUGGAGCAGGAUUAGCUUUUCCUCCAACUGUAUAUAUAGUAACUUCAUACUUUGUACGGUUACGAGGACUUGCAAAUGGUCUCUGCAUAUCUGGUAGUGCAUUAGGUUCAAUAUUUCUUCCACCCAUCCUAGGAAUUCUUCUACGAGAAUAUGGUUACAGAGGUGCAGUAUUAAUAAUGGGUGCUGUCACUUUGAAUGUAUGGGCGAGUGCUCUUUUGUACGAACCGGUGGAAAAGCACAUGGUGCCAGCAUCGUCGUCGAGCAAAUCGAACGACGUCGACUUGGAGGCCGCUUCGGUCACAGUAACUAGUCCCGAAGAUGAGAAGCAAUCGAAUCACGUUGUUUCUUCUUCGAACAUAAACGAAAAAACUGCGCCAAUGGUACCAAAGAGCGCGUCCAGCGUCGCGUUAGAGUAUUACAAGAAUACGCCAGUUCAAGGUCGAUCGAGAAAAAUUAGCAUGCCCACUGGACGGGAGAUAACAGGACAGAUGCACAGCACGCCGGCACUGCAUGCUGUUCCGGAACGCGGCGGAGAUUCUGGCAGGCUGUCGAAACGUCAGAAAUCACCCUUGCAGUCACCGAGCAUGUCAUCUUUCAAUUAUAUCAGCACGCCGUAUCAUGGGAGUACACUUUCCGCUCUGCAUCCGGAAAGGGCGUCCACGUUGACUUUGAACGCGAUAUCAAGCACGUUCGCGAGGAAGGGAGCCGAAGAAACGAACAAGAAUGAAGCGAAAGAGAAGAGUAACAAAUUCUUUGAUUUCAGUUUAUUGAACGAUCCUAUUUAUUUGGUAAUCUUGAUCUCAAAUUCAACAAAUGCUGUCAGUUAUACGAAUUUCGUCAUCUUAUUACCGGCAUACGCGAUCUCGUUGGGUUUCGACAAAAACAUGUCUUCCCUUCUUCUAUCGACCGUGUCUGUAUUAGAUUUGAUAGGACGUAUCGGGGGCUCGGCGCUCUCCGAUGUUUCAAUCAUGCCCAAGCAUUGGUAUUUUGUUGGCGGUUUGUUCAUUUCUGGAAUCUCGUUGGCUCUUCUUCCCAUAGUAACAACAUACACCAUGCUGUCGAUUUAUUGCGGUGUUUUUGGCUUAGCUUCUGGUAUUUACGUCGGUAUCACCGCGGUUAUAAUGGCCGAUAUGUUAGGGACCGAGAAGCUAACUUCCUCCUAUGGCAUCUCGUUGUUCGUAAAUGGAAUCAUACAGUUGAUUGGGCCGCCAAUUUGCGGUAUUGUAUAUGAACAAAUCGGCAGUUACGGGCCAAUCUUCAGCAUUUUAGGAAUUAUUUUAGUCGUAGGUGCAUCGUUAUGGGGUUUCGUUCCAUUUAUUAGAAAACGGCAAGAAAUCGCGGAAAAGGCGAGUCCAAUUGAAAAAUUAUAGUCUAUCCAUAUAUUAGUUGCAAUUAUUUCAUGAUGGACAAGAGCUUAAUUAUAUGGCCAUUGUAGAAUUUCAUCUACCAUGUAUCACGGCAACACAUACACACAUGAUAAUGAAAUAUAAAAUUUAUAAAAUACUGUGAUUUUAGAAUGAAUGUUAUGUAUGUAUAUACCACUGGCACUGUGAUGAAGUAUAUAUACACAUCCACACACACAUUCUCAAGUGGAUCGAUAAGAAAACAAUUUUCAAAAGAUAUAUUUUUUAAAAAAACAAAGUUUCUCUUUUCUCAUAAAUUGGAAGUAUCUUGCCUUAAACUUGGAAAAAAGACUAUUUGAAAGUAAGUUCUCGUUGGUACUAAAGUAAAAUAUAUGGGUAUAUUUAAGUACUUAGUUUAAAAACGUUCUAAUUGCUGGUGCUAUCGAAAUUACCUAGAACAGAACAAAAAAAAAAAAAAAAGAAAUGAAAGAUGCAAUAAUAUAAUUUAGUAUAUAUUUUUAUUGUAUGUAUAAAAUAUUCUUAGUGUAUGUAUAAUUAUAUAAAAGAAAAGGUUGAGUACUUGUACACUUCUCUUAAGGAAAGGAUAAAUAUACACCAAUUCCUACUACAUAUACGUAAAUAUUAAAUAUAGAAUCAGUCAAUUCUGUUAUUGAUUCGAUUUAUUUACAACUCACCGAAAAAUAUGCCUUAAAAUUAGGAUAUAAGCACUUUGUAAUUAACAAAUUACGUUUAUAUCAUAUAGUAUGUAAAAUAAAUAACAAUAUAAAAAAAGCUAUCUCACAUAAAUUGUUCAUGCUACUAGGGUCAAUAAGCAAAUUACAAAAUUUUCGUUCUUAUAUUUUGUAUCUAUUUUAUUGAAAGGGAUGCACGAUAGUAUUAAAUAAAUAAUUAUUGUAAUUAAUGUAAAAACUAAAACAUGUCUAUUUCAAUACAUGUUUAUAAUAUACAAUAAAAGCGUAAUUUACUUUU